UCUUUGUUUGUUUGUUUGGUUGGGUUUUUUUUUUGAAACCUAUAAAAUCUCAAAGCAACUAUAAACUCGUCCUGCAACCAAUGAUGACAUCCAAAGAGGUGGCCAAAUGCGACGCGGCGGAGAACAGGAGACGCAGCCCGCUGGACCACUUGCCGCCUCCUGCCAACUCCAACAAGCCGCUAACGCCCUUCAGCAUCGACGACAUCCUGAACAAGCCGUCGGUGAAGCGGAGCUACGCCAUCUGCGGCACGGCUCAUCUCAUCUCGUCCUCCGAGAAGCACCGUCCGUCCAGCCUGCCGCUGUCCAGCCGCGCACUCCUCACGCAAACCUCUCCUCUCUGUGCGCUGGAGGAGCUGGCCAGCAAGACCUUCAAGGGGCUGGAAGUCAGCGUGCUGCAGGCUGCGGAAGGCCGGGACGGGAUGACCCUGUUCGGCCAGAGGAGCACCCCGAAGAAGCGUCGGAAGUCCCGGACGGCCUUCACCAACCACCAGAUCUACGAGUUGGAGAAGCGCUUCCUGUACCAGAAGUACCUCUCUCCCGCAGACCGCGACCAGAUCGCGCAGCAGCUGGGCCUGACGAACGCGCAGGUCAUCACGUGGUUCCAGAACCGCAGGGCCAAACUAAAGCGGGACCUAGAGGAGAUGAAGGCCGACGUGGAGUCGGCCAAGGCCAUCGGCCAGGUGCCCCUGGACAAGCUGGCCAAGCUGGCGGACCUGGAGAAGUGCGCCAACGGCACGCUGGGCCACCCGCGCGCCGAGUCGCCCGCGCGGGGAGGCCAGCAGGAUCUCCAGCACGAGCUCGCUCAGAAACUGCGCAGCUCUCCGCUGUCUCCCUUCUCGGACCACACAACGAGCAAGGAGUGCUCGGAGGACGAGGACGUGGAGAUAGACGUGGAUGACUGAUGGCUCACACACACAGAGACACACACACAAACACACACACGUACACGCACCGAGCGAGAUGAUGGUGGUGGUGAUCCUGCAGAGAGGACUUGUAAACUUAACCGCUUAUAUGAGAACAUGUACCAAAACGAAAUGACUUUUUCUAUCGGCACAGAUUCACAGUAAAGCAUGAGCGCAGAACUACAAAUAUGCAGUGAUGUAUUCAUUAGCGAACUGUUAUUGUUUCCAUCAAAGCAAUAUGGUCUAAAAAUAACUUCUUAUAUAUAUUUUGUUUACAGUAUACAGAAAUGAACACGCGUGGGCAUGUACACACACACACACACACACACACACACACACACACACACACCCACACACGCACAUCUGCUCUGUUGGUUUUCCUAUAAGCCCCUCCAUACUCACAAUAAAACCACUUCUGUUUUCCAUAUGUUUGCAUGGAAAUGCAUGAUUUGAUUUGUAAACAUUAUAUAUUUAUUUUUUCUUUCUUUCUUUCUUUCUUUUUAUUGUCACUGUUUUAUUCCAAGAGCCAACCCCUCCCUCCCGUCACUGCCGGCUCUUCCUCCUCCCUGCCUCCGUUUUGUCUGCAGACUCACACCGGGAGCUCCGAUAAAGGUGGCGAUGUUCGAAAAAUCAGCCGAAUACUAAUGCGACGAUCCCCCCCCCCGCCACCCCCCUUCCCUCCCCAAACCCCCCACAAGCCUUUAGAUUAUUGUUUGAAUACAAUAGAUUUACAGUUCUAUACAUAUGUUAUGUUUUCUACACCUGUAAGUGCCUUCCUAAAAUCAGGACAUUAUCUGAAAACCAA